UUUACUUCCCCAAGUAUAACUGCCAGCUUAGUCUCCUUCCUCACGAGAAACCCCACUCGAACUUUCCUUACUCUCCACGUUUCAAUUUGCUUAUAAAUACUAAAUCUCAACAAACCCAUCAUUUCUGCGAAGAUAAAAGAAAGAAACACACAGAUCCCAAAUUAUUCCAUACCCCACGAUUCUCUCUUGUAUAUACACUAAAACUCCUCUGAGAUUCCCUUACUUUACAGUACUUUUUUUUUUUUUUUUUCUCUCUCUCUCUCUCUCUUUCAAAAUUUUUGGCGCGAAAUCAAUGGUGAUUGAGAGCUUGGGAGGAGGAGGAGGAGAAGGAGAAGCGCGCCCCGUGAUGAUCGAGCCGCCGCCGCCGUCGUCGAUGAUGUUUUCAUCCGGCCCCGCCGUCUGUAACUCUCACGCUCCGGCGCCUCCUUCUCCUAGGACUCCUCCGUUGACCGGAGACGAUGAUUCCGACGGAGACGGAUUGGAACUGCUGAUUCCGCCGCUGAAUUUCUCGAUGGUCGAUUAUGGCAUCUUCCGGUCCGGUUUCCCCGAUGACGCUAAUUUCGGCUUCUUGAAAUCCCUAGGCCUCCGUUCCGUUAUAUCUUUGUGCACGGAGCCGUAUCCUGAAGUGAGCAAGAAAUUCUUGAAAGAUAAUAAGAUUGAGCUGUUCACGUUCGAAAUCGAUGGUUGUAAGGAGCCUUUUGUAAACAUUCCUGAGGAAAAAAUCCGCAAUGCACUCAGAGUUGUUCUUGAUGUGACUAAACACCCAGUCCUGAUUCAUUGCAAGAGAGGGAAGGUAUCAUAUUGUGAUUGAUUUUGAUUUUCUGUUUUUUUUCAUUCAAACUCAUGUGCUAUUAUUCGGUUUGUGCAGCAUCGCACUGGUUGUUUGGUUGGAUGUUUAAGAAGAUUGCAACGAUGGUGCCUGUCAUCAGUUUUCGACGAGUACCAGAGGUUUGCUGCUGCUAAGGCCAGAGUGUCCGACCAGAGGUUCAUAGAGUUGUUUGAUCUUUCCAGCUUGAGGCAGUCCCCUAUAUCAUUUUCAUGUUCAAGGAGACACUAACAUAGCAGCACAAAAGAGACAUGGUUCAAUGUCCAAUCGUUUCAUAAAGGGCCCCGAUGUUGUGUGUUCUUCAAAUAAUUAGCUUUCUUUUUGAACUCUCUCAACUAUCUUUUUUUUUUUUUUUUGAGAAAAACUCUCUCAACUAUCUUAUCUUGUGAAUUACCUCCGUUUCCUAAUUUAUUAAUUAAUGAAAUAAGAUAAUAUGUACAAAUCUCUGUCGCUGUGUGUGAACACAUCCCGCAGCUUCAUCAACAUAAGCUAUAAAGAGUUGUUUUUGUUGGGCAUCUGCCCUUGUAGGCAAAUUGGACACAAGCUAUAUGAAUUUUAAUAUGAUUUUGACUA